GCGCAGAGUUUUGCAAAGCUUCAUUCCCUCCUGCCAAAUGGCCCCGUCAACAAGGUGCGCGCUUCAUUGCACAGCCAGUCAAUGCCAGCGAGCGCGCUGUCUUCUGGUGUGCGCAUUUGGCGCGUUUGCAGCUUGGAAUGGCCUUCGGGUAGCUGCCAAUGCGUUUGCUGGUUCUUCAGGCCUGCGAGCGGGCGCGUGCGGACAAAAGCGCACGUUGCGAAGAGGCUUGUUCGAGGACCUGCAGCAAAGCUUUACGGAUUCGGCCGUGCAGGCCGCAUCAGGCCUUACCAAGGAGGAGAAUGAGGCGCUGAUGGAAAAUUGUCGCAACGGAAAGAUGAGCAUUGAUGACUACCUCACAGUCAUGAGAAUGUUCAGCAAGCUGGGCGAAGUGGGAAACUCGGUUGCCCCGCUGAAGAACAUGCUCCAGCAGGGCAACGCCCAAGGAGAAAUUGACAAUGCCAAAGAGAAACUCGUUCAGCAGGAGGCACUGGUAAACGCAAUGACCAAGAAGGAGCGUGCAAAUCCCGACGUCUUCGUCAAGCCUGGGCCGACUGGUCGUAAGGCGCUGGAGCGUUGGGCUGGCGCUGCAGGCAAGACGGAAAAGGAGAUGAUGGAGUUCUUGCUGGAGUACCGGUCCAUGAAGUCCAUGUUCGCGAAGCUUGGGCAAGGAGAGGACUUUUCAGACGUGCAAAAGCAACUGGCGAAAGAGCGGGAUGAGCUGAUGGUUUCAACACAGUCACGCAAGGCUCGACGAUCGACCAAAACCCGAACAGGCGGAAAAGCAGGCAAGCAGCCGGAGUGGAUGACCUUAUGAUGCAGUACCGGAUCCAAGUACAGUCCGUC